AUGAGAGAAGUGAUGCGCGAUGGUAAACCGGUGAAGAUUUUCACUGGUCUAGUGGACCAGUCUGCCGAACAUGUGGGAGACCAGUUCGUUACGUUCCAUAUGAAACUGACCUACAAACAUGACCUGGAUUAUCGGGCCUUAAUUAAAUGGGCGCUGGAUAGGAUGAAGCGGCAAAACCGGCUGCGGCAAAUUGUCUCAAACGAUGCAAUUCAACAUCUUGGUCUGGAUCUGGCGGUAGCUCAUAUGAUAUGUAACAUCGGUGGUCGGGUGAAAUUUGUCGGGAGCGACAAAUGGUUUUUCCGGUACGCUAAUUUGAGACCGGAAUUGCCGACCCAGUACGCUGGAGACUUGCGAUUGAGUGCCAUUGAUUUAUCUGGAUCGAACGUUGUCUUUGAAGGCUUUGAACUCUUCCCUCAGUUACGCGAGCUCCGCCAGCUGCGUGUAAGGCGAUGUAUCUAUGUGGACGACUUUUGUAUGUCCCGUGUCGGAAGAAUAGCAAACCUGGAGCUGUUGGAUGUCAGCGAAUGUCCACGGGUUACCUCAAAGGGCCUUGCAACGUUGGCCCAGCUAAAAAACCUUCGCCACCUCCUGGUACACAACAAUCCAACGAUGGAAGAUAAGGAGCUGGUUUGUCUGCUGCUGGAGGAACACCUGCCCAAGUUAUUUAUUUCUGGCGUGAACUACCUGGGGGAGCUUCCAGAGGAGGCUCGCCGUCGCGUGGUUGCUCUGAUCGGGAGUGGUAGUUCAGACGCUGUGACUGUGAAACAUCUGUCUGGAGAUAUCAGCACCGAGAAUCCCCUCACUUCUGCUGGGGAAGCUAAAACUGAUGAGGAACCCAAGAAAUUCGAGUACCAGCGGGCCGCUGCAU